AUGUGUUGUGUUAUACAGAGAACUAUGGCAUUCCUCAUGUCAUGUGAGGUUUUUUUGAAAAUGUGACAUGUGUUUUUACACUACGCAUACGUCACAUUUCUGCAAAAUAACAAUGUGCAGAGCAAAACUUCCUUUUGAGUCAAAAGCUCUGUGGGAGUGGACGGAGGUCGAAGGUCACAAUUUCUCUGUCUCGGUUGGUCAUCAGAUGUGUCAGUCCAGACUGGACUAUUGCAUCAACUCGUAAUUGGAACUGAAAAUGCUAAAUAUUUUAGUGCUGCUUGUGACCUCAGCCAAAGUGUGCAUUGUCUAGCUAUGGCAAACAGUUUAUAGGUGUCCUCAGUUCUCCAUGCAAGAAUUCUUCACUUUUACACAACUCACACAGCAUUGACUUCUCUGAGUGCAUGGGUUAUCGUCAACCUCAUACCCAUGCACAUGAGAGCCACCACAAUAAGAAAAUGCAGUGUCGUCAUAGAAGAGAAAGAGUGGAGCAGUGGAAUAAGGGAUGGUUCAAAACACAAACAAGGAGAUGUGCACUUUUCCACUUGUACAAUGAACAGGAAGCCUCGCGGCAGCAUCGUCACCGUGUUGGCUGCGCAUGUGGCAUGGAAAGAGUACAACCAACGGUUUGGCCCGGGGCUCCAAAACGACCUCAAACAGAAGAUCCUCAAGUCAACCUACCCAUCAGUCCACGCAAAAAAAAGACUCUCUUUUCCCUUAUUUCCUUACUGGAACAGACUAGGACCAGUAGA